AUGGUUUUCGAUUCUUCCAGAGUAAUGGAGCAAUUCACAGUAGUGGCGGAAAAACCCGGAAUCCGAGCGAUCACCUAUGGUCUGGAAGGCGAAAGUAAGAACGAUUUUGAAACUCCUGAACCAAGCGUGUUUUUUACGGCACCAGAAACUUUCUCUAAUAUUAGCUUAAGGAGACAGCUAUUUCUUUCUAAGGGCGAGCUACCCAUUGGCUGCGAAGAUUAUAUCACAAAACUUUCAUGUGAAGUACGUCUAUCAUCUACCGCACCUUGGACCAAGAUUUCUUCCUCUACCAAUGGCAUUGUCCACAUCAACUCUCCCAAAAAUCAGAACAUUCCUCUUUCUCUAAUCGGUUUGAAUCUAGGAGAUCGUGUCUCGCGGGAUAAGAUGAUUGAAGCCGGUGUAGCUAGGACCUCCUCGUUCAAAAAAUUUACAGUUUUGCUCGCGCGAAAUGGCACAUGCCAGGCAAGACUAACAGACACAAACAGUGUGCUUGAACUCAUACAGAAUGAUGCAUUCGUGUCCUCGUUCAUGGAGGCUCUUUCAUCCGUAGCGCCAGAAUGGCUUUCAUUCUCUGUCACAGAGAAUAACAAUGUUUUCGACAUUCAAAACGUUGCUGCUAGUCUGGCAUCUGAUCUGAAACACUGCACAGGAUUUCCCUUAGAUCAAGCAUCAAGUCUUGUCUACUACCGUCCUACUGUGAAUUACAAAAUGCGUGUGGCACAAGACGAUGUUGCUUUGCUAGCUGAUGGAUCAACAUGUUUUGCAAUAAACAUCUGUAAACCUAGUUUGUUUGUCAACUUUCCCAAAGGGCAGGCUGAUCUCAUAAUGAGUUCUCUUAAUUUCUUCCGAGAUAUGCAAAACAGUGGGCUCAGUCUUCAGAUUGAUUCGAUUGGCCUCCAUAAAAACAAAGAAACUGCUUAUUUUGUGAAGGGAAUCAUUUGGAAUGGCAAAGAGCUGCAAGAAUUAUCCCCUCUCCAUUACCAAAUGUGGCUAAAAGGAAGCAUUGACUGGAAUAUGGAGAUCCGUAAGACGCUACUCCUGUCAUUUAGGAUGAAUGGGGAUGCUAUCAUCAGAUCCGAAAAUAUUGACAAUGUAAGUAAGAAGAAAGGUAGGAUCGUUUUGCAAAUGUCAUGGAGACUAAGUGAAUCAUGGCGUUUUUUUCUUUACUUUGAAACUUAAAAAAAACUGUCGGGAGACAAGCGGUGCCUUUUUCGCCUUGAGAAACAUUUCUUCAGCUAAUUAAUGUAAAUGUUUCCCGGACAGACUCAUUGAAGAACUGAUCUGUAACAGUCAUCUGACAUUUGGUUUAUUUCUUAACAGCUAUUUACCGCUUUUUUGUCUGAACGGAUGGACAUCCAGUUAAGAGGAGACGUGGUUUUAAACGUUACUGGAACAGCACUCAAAAACAACUUUACUUUGAAAAUUAGUUCAACGAAAGCCAUUGGAAAAGCUCUCUUAGGAGGUAGGGAAUAUAAUUAGCGAUGUUUUGGCCGAUUUCUGGCGUCUCCUGGCCAAGACUUUGUGAUAUCCAUCAAAGUUUAGGAGCAAAAAAUGCUCUCUGAUCAAACAGGCAGCUGCAGAAAGGAGUGAUAUAAUGUAGAAAUAAGCCUUUAUUUCUCAGCGCGGCCUUAGGAAGUUGUGAUACUACAUGUGGAGGAAAACCUUCGUAAACUCGACUCAUGAGUCUGUACGCCCCACUACUGGCAAAUGAUUUUACAUCUUGCGCAAAUAUAUUGUCCAUAAGUAGGGGUAACAACCAUCUCUGAUUAUAUUUAUUGGCUUAUUGACAGUAUUACAAGAGCGAAACACCACUUUAAAUCUAUUCAACCAUAUCAAAAGACUAAGGUUUGUUCUUUGAACUUAUGUUGAAUUCCGUCAAACGAAUAGUGGCUUGUUGCACAAUGUGGGUUAUGACAUUGGAAUUAAGAUCGUGUAAUUCAAUUCAAUUACACGAGUUAUUCUAUUCAUCUGAAACACACACCAAGAUUUUAAAGAACAAUUCGCUCGUGCAUCUGCAUUUUUGAUAAAUGAAGCACAUGAGAGGUUUGGGUAGCACCGAAAAAGCAUAUUUUAUAUUUUCAUUAAUUCCCAGUUUACGCCUGAGCCAAUGUUAAAUAAAUUUUUCUCUAUUUUUUUUUAGGAAAGGUCAACUGUAGCAAGAACAUCCGAGGGAUUUCUUUAACGUUGGAGAAAUCCGCCAGCAGCUUUUUGGAUAAAAGCCCUCUUGGAACUUACAUUCGGCCGAGAGGGACUGAACCAGUUCGUUUGGCGAUACUUAUGUCACUAGAAGGAGGAAAGCUCAACAACAUCGAUAACAUCGAUGAAGUUAGACAAUUUCUUUACGGCAUUAUUUCACUAUUGCCGGAUCUGCAAAAUGUCUUCGUCAAAGCCAAAGCGAUUACUCCAGAGGGUAAAACCACUCUAAAGAAAUCCCUCGACAUGAUUCUUAAACUAAACACUACUAUAAGAGAACUGAAAGAGAUGCUAGCAAAAGACAUGGUGAACAUUGCAGGGGUCCUGAAUCUUCUCAACCACAUAGAAUAUAGGCUUAAAUACUGCAAAAGCAUCACAGAUGUUUUAAAAGACCAGUACACCUUAUCAAACGACAAAGGAACUUAUGCAGAGCUCUUGCACAUAAUUGAUAGGAUUCAUGCCAAAUUUCCCAAAGAAUUACGCCCCAAUCUCAGCGGAAAACCAAUCUACAAAACUUUCCAUGGAAUAAGUUUCUAUUUUAGAGGCAAUCUGUGCGUGGGAAAGCUGUGCUUCGAAGAUUUCAGCACAACAGUUGAUUACCUUUCAGAGAACAGCUGUGUUUCUAAUACACCACAAGCGUCAAUGUUCCGUGGCAAAGGGAAAGCCUUAAGGCAGGUUGCAUUAAGUAAAGACAACAUAUUGACGCUUCCUAUGGGUCAUGUAAUUGAAUUUGUCUUUCCGAGAAACUCUAAGGUGAUGUCAGCUCAUUUCGUGGGAAGAAGUAAUCUUUUGGCCGUUAGCCAGCUCGUUAAAGUUUCAUUAAAUAACAAUCAGCUGUCGUUUGAAAUGCGAGGGAAGAUAUUUGAUAAAUAUGUGGCGAAAAUGAGUGUGAUGGCCAUGAUUAGCCAUACUACAGAUUGGAGCUCCUUAGUCUUCACAGUUAACGGACAAAUGACGAAUUCUUCCCAACUUUCGAAACUUCUCCAAAGUGAGGUGACGACCUUCGCCAAUUUCUUAGCAGAAAGAGCUUUCAAACAAGUUGAAAGGUCUAAGAAAUCAAUACUGAUUGCAGAAGAAAGGCUACAUACUGCAAAAGAAUUAGUUGAGAAGAAAAAGUCCACUCUCGAUAAAGCGUUAUUAGAAAAGCGACGGAAGCUCUCAAAAUUCCAAAGAAUAAGCGCUGCAUACGGGAAAGCAUCAGUGGAGCUUGAAUCUUCCUUGGACCAGCUAUUGAAAGUAAAGAACAGAAAAAUUUGCCGAUUUUUAGCAUGCAACUUCAUCGAAGCGAACACUUACAUACCAGCGGUUUGUCAAAAGCCAGUCUUGGUAAAUUACACAGUCCCAGUUUGCCGCAAAAUAAAGGAAUCGUUGCAAGAGGAAGUUGUUGUUUCAAAGGUGGUUUUGGAAACGAAAAUGGUUCAAACUUACGUGGUCGAACACCGAGGUGAUUGCGGAAAAACAGGUAAAUUUCUAACAGGAAUCGGGGAUGGGAUGAUGGUCGCUGGAGGAAUAGCUCAAUAUCUCUCACCCAAGCUCGGAGGUAUCCUUAUGGCUGCUGGUUUCGUUGUAAAUGUGAUUGGAAAUGUAAUUGACCUCGUCACUGGCUGCGAUGAUUACCAAGUGAAGGUACCUGGCCCGAAAGUUCCAGUUGAAUUUUACGUAACAAAGAACUUCCGUGACUACAGAACAAAAGAAAUCGAAAGGUUCGUUUGCGAUGCGCAAAAGACGGAAACUGAGAUUUCUGGUUAUCUUCCCUAUGAAUGUCCUAAAACUGGAAGUAUAAAAGUUUUAGACCCAAAGUGCGUCUCUCACAACACAAAUUGUUCCCUUGACAUGGCAAACCUAGCCGCUGAAACUGAGUUUGAGAAUGAGACCAUGUUCGGAGAUUUCCAAAACAUGGUAGCAAAAGGAAAACGUGCCACCCGUGCUCAACUGGAAUCAAACAAGGCAGAAAUAAAGUUUGACAGUGCUGUAAGACAGUUAGAGCUGGCUCGUGCACGACUUCACCAGCGCGAAUUUGCACGAAAAGCCAUUAACCUCAACAAAGUGAAAGAGAGAGAAAAACUCGGGCUAAAACUUGGCAAAAAUAUGGAGAAGCUUUCAAAAAAACCAUUGAUCUACGUAGAAAGUUUGGCUUUUUCUGUGGCCAUGACCUCGUCAUCGUCGAAGACGCGAUUUCCCCUCACAGUUUACGUCAGGAGAUUUGAAGGCUCGAAUAAAGCAAUUCAGUUUUCUAUGGACUUCAAUAAUGAAGAGGAUUCACUGGCCUUGGCAUCGAAUCGUAUUGUUGAGGCGCUCUUUGGAACAUCCAAUUCAAAAAGACGUAGGUCACUAAAAGAGGAAUCCAUCAACUCUAAGAGAAAUGGAAUCGACCUCCCAGUUGAAAGACACGAAUGUCUUCUUUCCAAAGAAGCCAAUAUUUUUUUCUCUGAUAUCGUUGAAUCCAUGGAUUUUUCCAUUAAAAGUAAGAGGGAGGUCGAAAAAGCCUUGUUUUCGGGCAUUAGAGGCAUGGAGGAGCUCUCUGGUGAAAAUAAAAAUGAUGGGAAUUCCUCUUACAAUGAUAUAAUUCUCUCUUAUGGGGAUGCACAGCUGAACGGCUCUGAGGCAUCAUCUUGGAGUGAAUUAUUACAUGAUACACGUGGAUUUCUAGAUAUCUUGACCCAGAGGAAAAACUUUUCACAAUGUUCAGGGAUUCUUGAUUGUGCUGACUUCUUGUUCGACAGCCUAGAGGGAAUGUAUGAAAUGGAAAAUCACCCCAGAGCAAUCGAAAUCAAGGAAGCGCUUCAGACAUUGAACAAGAUCAUCGGCAGUAUCCUGAGAGAGAACAUUACGAUGUCUCUGUUGGAAGGAAAACUCUCACAAGCGAGGUUUUUCAUUAACAGAAGCAGCGAUGAUAUGAUACUUUGCGGUCAGAGACCCACAAUUAAAAAGAGUUCUCCAGUGAAAGUUGUCACGCUACUCGGUGGAGACAUUGAUUUACUGUGUGAGGCUGAAAGUACUCUGGGAGUUGAAUACAUGUGGAUGAAAAAUGGGCAGCCACUUGAAGGGCAAAAUGGUACCAUACUUGAGCUAAGAAAUGUCACCGAACAGAGUGAAGGAGCCUACAAGUGUCAUGCUUCCAAUACAAGAGGAAGUACAAUAUCUAAUGUCACCAUCCUGGUUGUGCAUCAAAAACCACAUAUUGUCGAACACCCACUUGAUAACCACAAGCUCGUUGGCGAUGAAGAAGUGUGGAUGGUCUGCAAUAGCACGGGUGUUCCUCGGCCAUCGACAGAGUGGUUCUUUAUUCCGAUGAAAGGGAUGGGCCAGGAUGCUGUUCGGCUCAACGUGACUGGCCCAGUAAUGAAAAUGGGAAAUUUGACCGCAGAAAAUGCUGGCUUUUACUACUGUAAUGUGUCUAAUUUGCAUGGUGCUGCUCAAAGUAGAAUUGCAAGAUUGAACGUUUUAAGAUUCAUUCCUGGCGUGCCUAGGAUUACUGUCAUUUUCAAACUGAAGCAGUGUCCGUCUACAUAUUCUUCAGGGGAUAGUAUUUCACAUUCUUGCACUGGCAGUAAAAUAGAGAAAGCUCUGCAGAAUGACACUAUGGCUCAUCAACACAUUGUUCAAAAAAUCUUGAAGCACAUGGAGUGGCCGCUGGAAAAAAUACAUGAUGAGUAUUACACACCAUUUCCAGAUGCUGUGAUCUCGUUCGUCCUUCAUGGUCACGACCCCAUCACGCCAGAAGGAACGAAGCUCGAGGCGCUGAAUGAAUUCUCGCUCUCUAGGCGACGCAUAGGAAACAGUUUAAAGAAGCUUUAUUCUUCCCUAGCUGAUGAAAAAGUGAAGGUUCGUUGGGGUAACUUGACAAUAAUUGGCGACAAAGAUAGCCUUGUAAUGGGAUUUCCUUCUCAAAAAUGUCCAAACGGCACAAGACUUCAUGAAGAUGGUUAUCUAUGCGGUAAGGUUUAUAUUCCAUAUCAGUGAUCAUGAGUGGUAAUAUUAUCUCUCAAUUCAACUCUAAAUCGUUAAAUCAAAGAGAGAAAGGAAUGUUUUCCGCAUAGUUCUGGUAUCACGUUUAAGAGGGAAUUUUAUGGAUCCUCAGUUUAUCGUAUUCUAUUGAAAAACGGUACUUCGGCAAAACAGUAGGCUUUUCUCUUUUGUUUACAGCAUAGAUAUUAUUUCUUAUGCAUCUAAGAACCUAAUAAUAGUCGGGUAAUUCAGUGCAAUUCGUUACUUACCUAAAACAAUUUAAACCUUGAGGGAAAAUUUGACGACUUGGAAGUCUACGACCCUUCUAAACUAAAGGCUUACCGUUUCAGUGCACUGUCCACCUGGUCAUUAUGAAGUAGGAAACAGAACUUGCGAACCAUGCCCUGUUGGCACAUAUCAGCCUGAUGACAGGAGCACAGAAUGUGUCAAGUGUCCUUACCGAGUUUCAUCGACAGAGCCUGGAGCGGUUCUAGAAUCUCAGUGCAUCGAUAUAUGUGAGUACAACAGAUAAACUUCUUAUUUAGGCCUUGUUGAUCCAAAUUAAUCAGUAUCAAGUUAAACCAAUAGACUUAAGAUAUCUUGUCUCCCUAAAAUAACGUUGCAUGUAGGUCGUGCAAUGUGUUAUUUUUUUUCUUUUGAAGAACCAUUAGGCCCCACAUCAGAAGUCGUGAGAAAAAUUCACGAAACAACUGUGCUCAUUUGCAGAUGAUCCUGAGCCCUCUAAAAACAGUGUUUUGAAAGAGUCCAAACGCUACUCUUAGGUUCUGUUGAAACUUGUACCUUUUAGCUUAAAGUACUGUUGUCUUGACUAUCUUUGGUGAUAAUCAUAGCCUUUCCCUGAGGUCAUGAUUCAAGCUUGUCUGAGCAGUUACUGACUCAAUGUCACUAGCAGCAAAUUCCCACACUUUUCUUUGGCUGCAGAAGAAAAUCAUUUAGACUUUUGUACACCAAGAUAUCAUCAAAAGAUGAAAGACAAGGCUUAAGUAUAGAAAAUAAAGCUUCGCGCCUAUAAAUGAAACAAAAUGAGUUACAUACCCGUUUUAGAGAGCCGAUUCUUGUUGGUAGGUAGGCCUUGUAGGCAGAUUACCGGGUUACACUGGUUCAUACUGAACUAAGUCAAGUUUGGUCACAAUAAGACCAUUUACAGGUAAUUUCUGCUUACCGUGCCUUGCUGGUGUUGACUGUGCAAUUACAAAGUGGAAAGUAAUUCUUGAAAGAAGGUCCGUAACAUUAUGCUCCAGGCGCUUAAUAAUGCUCUACGAAAAGUCCAAAAAAGUCAUGACUGCAUUUGUUUUGAGUCAAGCCCUGAGAUGAAAGAGAAAAAGAAAAUGAAAAAAUGUUGACUUCACCAUAACAUUAAUUUACCAUUCAUCCUUUACCAAGAGUUUUGUUCAGGGAAACUUGAUUAAAGAGCGCUCUGUUAUGAACAUCUAAACACAAGGUUUGUCCUAGCUAGACUUUCGGACAACUCUUAGUUGCCUAUUUGAGAUACGCAUUUGCUCGCUAAUAUCUUAUCACUUAGCUAUUAAUAACUGUCUGUUUUAUUUUCUAGCCAUACCCUGUACUAAACUGCCUCAAACCGACGUUGCACGAGCUCAAUUGCCAAAGAAGACAAAGGCUCUCCAUCGUAGCGGUGAAACCUUUGACUUUGAAUGUCAGCCUGGGUACAAAGUCGCAGGAAAUGCAACUGCUGAGUGUAACGAAGGAAACUGGACCAAGACUGAGUUUUAUUGUAAAAGUGAGUUUAUGUAAAUGAAGUUCACCAAAUACUCUCUGUGCUGGUGAAUACACCAUCAUAUACAUGUUUUCAACGCCUAGCCGUGCUUGGGAUUAAUUGCGUGGUAAGGGUGGAAAGAGCAUAAUAGCUUAAGUCGAACUACAUGUGGCAUCAUCAGGGAAAACUUGAAACCGGACCCCAAAGAUCUUACACCAAAAACUCGUACCCAAAACUGGUACGGAAAAAAAAAAGACUCUAUGUUUUAUAAAGUGCGCGAUUUGGAAUAGGAUAUGCAUAACAUCCUUUUGUAACUACGGACUACUUUUGGCAACUGUUUUUUAUUUGUAGGAUAUUUCUUUUCCUCCCUCUUGGUAAAUUAUUAUUAAUGCAAAACUCUUGAUUCCGUUUUGACGCAGAGACUUGCUAUCCACCCUGGACCGAGCUGAAGAGGCGUUGCUACUUGGUGGUAGAGGUACAGGGCCACAGAUGGGUAAACGCGCUGGGCAAGUGUCUGAAGCUCAAGACAGAGAUGGUGAUCAUUUCCUCAGAGGAGGAAAAUGAAUUUGUCACACAGCUUGCUCAGGUAUUGGCUUUGCCGAGAGUUGAGGUGAACAAAGAACAUAGUAGUCUGUGCGUGCAUGGCAAAUUCCACGCCGUUCUUUCAGUGCUCUUUUUUUUAAAAUCAGUGUAAACUAAAGCACAUAGGAAAAGAAGGCGUUUGUCAUAGUAUAAUCCUUUUUCCCGGCCCAAGUAAAAUAAAUAGGACAAGUGAUGACAACCACUCGGGCUGAAACCUGCUGUUAUGUCCACCUAUUUAUUCGAUUAAGGUAGUACUUUACCCAGGACAACGACCUUUGGUAACCAAAGAACUUGACUAACUCGACGAAAUUAAGAUAUCAAUGAGGAAUAAAUGCAAACGGUUACAGAAAACUAUCUUGAUUUAUUUUAACUGCAUUUGGAAUUUUUUUUAAACACGGCCUUUUCAUGAUAAAAAAAGGGAUGGUAUAUUUUGAACAUAGCCUUCGAAUAAAGAAAGUUAAGGUUUUAGCUAAGGAAAAUCGCCUGUUGGAUUCAUGCAUUAUUUUCCAAAACUUUGCGUCUGUACUUAAGCGGAAUUAUUCACUAACACGACGCCAAAUGGCAUGAAUAUCAAUUUCAGGUUUACCUUAAAGAGAAGAGAUGGAACCGAGUUCAGAUGUGGCUCGGGCUGAGGAAGACACAUGCUACUGGUAACUUUCUAUGGGUUGAUGGGAGUCCUUUAAAGGGAUACACUAACUGGACCCCUGGAGAGCCAAACAACGCAAAAGGUCAAGAGCUGUGUACCGAGAUGCUAGUCUAUGGUAAUUACCACUUGGGCAAGUGGAAUGAUGUGAAAUGCCACGGAGCCCGUCACAAACCUAUCACAGUCUGUGAAAGACCUCUUGAAGAGGAAGAAUAA